UCCAGGAAUAUGGAAACUGGGCGAUUUGGCAGAGAAAUUUAUGGUAAAGAACAAAGCAGAGGUUAAGAGAAGCUUGAUGGAGCGAUUAGGCUUUUGUGCUUGGGCUGGGCUAUUGAGGGAAGGUUUUGAGUGAAAUUUUCGAGUGGGAAGGAAAAAUAAUUAUUUGGGUAUGCUGAAUUUUCUCAAUAAAGUUGAAUUUAGAUAUUUGCUUGAGUAAAUUUAAAUAAUUUUGUUAUUUGUUUAAGAGGCGAUAGUAAGAUUUUAUUUUCAUCUAAAUUUUAAAGCAUAACUCAUUAACCUGAAAUAGAUGAAAGUUUAAUAUUUGAAGAGUCUGAAAUUUUGGAUAAGAAUAUAUGUUGAUAAGUUCAUUUGAACAUGAAAUAUGCAUUAAAAUUUGAUAAAGAUAAAGAACUAUAUUUGCAUACUCUCGGAUUCUCAGAUAUCAAAUUUAUGACAAAAUUAAGCCCAUUUACUAUCCCAGAAAUCUCAUCGAUUACAAUAAAUUUGCUUCCUAAAAGAAGUAAGAAUAUAGCUACCUUCCUCAAUAAUUGAUACCCAAAACAAGUACAACACACAACUUUGAUCUGACUAGAGAACUUAACCCCACUCGAAAGUUACUUUCCUGAAUUUAUAAAAAUUGCUCCCAAAAUCACACACAAAAUGUGCUUUGCUGCCUUCAAAAUCAGUGAAAGACAACUCAAAAGAAUUUUCUCUGCAUUCAAGCAUGUAAAAGCCCUGAUAUUCUACAGAUCAAAGCUAUCUGUUCCCACAGCCCCAGAUUUCUCUUCAGCCCUAAAGUUAUCCCAAAUCCAACACCUUAGCCUAAACAGAUGAGAUGAAGUCACUACGAGCGACUGGAGCAAGAGCUUUAAUGAACUCCAAAAUCUAAUACAAGGCUUAGCAUCCUCUGAAGAUUUUAGAGAAAAGUUAGCUAAAAUGGUAAUCAAGAAGUCAUGUCUUGGGGAGAAAUGUAUCAGAACUCUUAUGGAUGAAAAUGGGUUUCAAAAAGUUGUAAUUGAAACUUAA